AUGGAUGAAGAGGGCAUAAUUCGUCUAUGUGUAACGACGUUUAAGCCAGAGGAUAUUUCUUCUGCAAAGAACUUAUUGUUUGGCUCCAUGAAGCCUGUUAAGAGAAAGACUGCUCGUAAGGGAGAUGGUAAAAGUCGGCGAGAACUGGAAGACAUCAUUAGCACAUUUAAAGAAGUUGAUCCAGAAGAAUUGCCGAUGUUCGUGGCCCGGGAUUUGCAGAAACUGCCGCCGAUAACGUUCGACCACAUCGACGUUACUCGACUGCUUAAAGAUUUACUGUUACUAAGAAACGACGUCGAGACUCUAAAGAACAAUGUUGUCGAUAAAAUUACAUUUCACAAAUUACAAAACGAAGUCUCAAACGUAAAAGAGAUUGUGAGUACAAAUGAUUUUGAGUGUUGUAAUUAUGUAAAUACAAAACGAGGUUGUGCCAAACGACAAGAAAGUUUUAAUAGUUGUGAAAGCGGUCCGAUAGGUAUGAUUAAUAUGCCUCGAGAGUCGCCAAAUCCAAAGUCGCCAAAUAAAUGUAAUAAUACGUUAGAGCCGAGAUGUUUGAAUUUAAAUUACAGUACGGGCGCCAGUGCAAGUGCAUCGCAACCGGUUCUGGCGGAGCGCGGGCGCGGGAGUGGGCGUGAUAGCGUGCCGUCCUUUACGCUCUCGUGCAGCGAUGCACCCCCCGCUCCUAUCUUGUCUGCACCAACGCAGCGCGUGGAGGCCGUCACUGAGGUUUUUAACACCGAAACCACGGUGCGCUCCUCACCGAUAGCAAACAACGUAAACACAGAGAAGUUGAGCAUGGCUGAUGUGUUACGUAAAAAAGGCAAAAGGUGGGAAGACAAAGAAAAGGAUGAAGGAUGGGAGGUCGUCCAGAGAAAAAGAUAUCGAAACCGUUUUAUAGGUGAAAAAGGUACAUGCAUAGAUUCGGAGUUUAAGUUUCGCGCCGCCGAUCUGAAAGCUCCCCUGUUUAUUAAUAAUGUUCAUAUAGAUACGUGCGAAAUGGAUAUUAUUGAAUACAAAAAAGAAAAACGAAUAUAG